AUGAUGUGGCACGUCAAGUCCCACAGGCUGGCCCUCCCGAUCGACUACUUUCUGACCUCGGCGGUCGUUGCCGAGGGCGGCAUGCGGCUCCAUGGCCCAGACCCGCGAGGCCCAGUCGAGAGGAUGACCAGUAACUCUCUGGAGGCCAUUACGACCAUGGUGGAGAUCGCGGAGUUCUUCGCGUUCGAGGCGGGCAGGACGCUGCUGAGCCACGGCGACGUCGGCCACUACUUCUUCGUGGUCCACGAGGGCGUCCUGCAGGUCACCCCGUCGGUCGGCCACGCGUCGCCGCUGAAGAGCUCGCCCGGCGGAGGCACCAGGUUGCUAACGUCGGGCGACUGCCACGGCGGCAGCGCGGUGCUCUUCAGCGGCUCGCAGAGCGAGACUGUUGUAGCUACGGAGGCGUCGGGGGUAUGGGGCAUCCGCGGGGACACGUUCCGCAAGGUGCUGAGCGAUGACGCCAUGCAGCACUACGAGAAGAACUACGGUUUCCUCGACUCCAUCAGGCUCUUCGACGGCUUCUCCGCCAGGCAGAAGCAGCAGCUGGGGAAGCUGGCGCUCUUCAGCGAGGUGCACGAGGCGGGCUCGCUGGUGCAACUCCAGGGGGAGGAAGUCCGCGCGAUACGGUUCGUCAAGGAGGGCGCGCUCAGCGUCUUCAGUGGCCUGGAGGUGGACGACGCAGGGUGCGCCGUGCCGGGCAGCGGCAGCAGGGUGUCGCGUCUCAGCCCGGGGGACUCCUUCGGCAAGAGCGCGGCGCUGUACGGAAUGGGCGACAGCAGGAUCUCCGUGUUGUGCGACGCCCGCUCCGAGCUCCUCUGCAUCGGCGUCGGCGAGCUGCGGCAGGUCCUUGGCGCAGACCUCUCGAGGGCGCUGGAGCGCAGCUUCGUGCUCGCGUGCGUCGAGAAGUCGCCCUUCCUGUCGCAGUUCACGCUGCCGCAGAGGCGCCGCAUCGCCGAGGCCAUGGUCAUCAAAGACUACCAAGCUUCCCAGAAGCUGGACGUGGGUGGCUUGGAGGGCUUCAUAAUCCUCCUCAGCGGCGACAUAUCCGGCACGGACGAAGGCAGCGACCUACACCUGGACCGCGGACAGGUCCGCGAGAGCUUCAACAUGGGCGAAUACCUGGACGACUUCCCCAGGGAACGGUCGCACUCCAGCGACUCGCUGCCCGACACGCCGAAGCGGUCAUCCAUCCCGCUCCCGAGCUUCGGGCUGCUCAUGAAGGAGGAGAUCGACGCCCUCGCCUCGGACCGGGGCGGCGAGGGCGGCUCGCUGCGCGCGGGGCCGCAGGGAGCGCGGAUAGCCACGAUCACGGAGAAGGAGCUGAUGAGCGUGCUGAGGGAGCUCGGCAUGUGCUCCAUCUGGGAGGGCAGCAGCCGCGAGGCCAUGGAGCACGCUCGCCGAGUCCAGGCCGUGCAGAAG